GAUUAUUGAUAGAUCAAAAUGUGAUUAAACACGCGAAAAAAAAUUCACCUGUGUGGCCCCAAAAUUUAUAUGUAACUCAGCGUGUGCACGGUGCGCCACACAUGGCUUUACUUAUUUUGUUGUUUAGCUUUUUUUCGGAGUUUGCUGCUGAUGAGGAAAUUACGACAAUAACGGCUGAUAAAAAAACUCUUGAGGACUUAAUGCAUGAGCACCAGAAUUUAGAACGGUGGCGACACGAAAAGCUACUGGAGGCACGAGAAGCUCCUCAAGUCAUGGAAAAUAAGGAUGCGGUAGAAUUUUUGAACGGAUUAGAGGAAAUUCAUUAUGCGUACAUGAAUCGCCACGAGUACUUUGAAACUGUCCUCAGGAUGAUUCGUAUUCAUGGAAAGUCACUGAGGAGCCCGUCGGAAACUAUUAAGAAGAUCUUGAAUUGUGUCAAAGAUCUUGAAACCACAUGGAAAAAGCACGAGAGCCUUUUACUGGGAAAGAACUGCCAGAAAGUGAUGAAAACAACAGAAGAGCCCUUCUUAGAUUUACCUCAAAUUAAAGAAUUGCUUCCAGCAUUCGCCAAAUCCACCGUUCAGUAUUACGAGAUAGUCCCCUUAUUUGAAGCGGAGGUCGAAGCCUCUCCUCUAGCCAAAUAUGUAUUCACUUCAUAAAACGUCUGUGACUCCUACUAGUUCAGUUCUUAAAAGAGGCAUGUGUACGAACAAAUGCAGAUGAGUUGCAAUAGAAUCUGUAAUCAACAAAGACAAAAUUAAAAUAUUUAUUACAAUUAAUUUUGAAACCCACAA